UAUUUGUAACCUGAAGUUCUAAAUUAUUUGUUAAUCAGCUAAAUUGAAAACACAAUGCAUACAAGUUCUAUUGCAUGCAAUUGGGAUUAGAGAACUAAUGGAAGCUAUUUACAUUCUACAACAAAGAUCGAUCUUAGUGUCAUGCUGUUUGUAAAUUUCUAUACUUUAUAGGUUUUAUUUGACAAAUAUAGAGCAUGUUUAUAGACAAUUCGUUGUUAACAUGUUUUCUUCUAAAUGAAUGAGCAAAAUUUGACAAUGGAGCGCACAUAGUACUACACACCAUUAAACUGUCAAUACAUUAAUUGGAUUUAAGUAAAUAAUUUCUUCUGUGAGUGGUAAGACAAAGGAAACCAAAGAAAAUGGGAUUACUUAUGAGGAAAAGAAAAAAAGUGGAAAAACCUGUUACAAUUAAAAGGGGUGGAUUCAACGGCAAUGUUGAACAAGCGUUUAAAAAUAUAACGAAAGAAAUGCUACCUACCUCAAUGGAUGUUCAUGGUAUGGGAAAGUACCUCUGUAUUGGGGACUUUAUUUGUCUGUACUGUGAGGAAACCGAAGGAUAUGUUUACAGUAUACAAUCCAGCUGUAUGAACAAUGGACUGAAUGUGUACACUAAUCAGGACAGAAAUCGACCUAGAAAUGUCCCCAAUCCACAAGUUAUUGUCUUUCAAAUAACGAUUCAAAACAGAUACAAACUGAACAAGAAACUUAGGAAGGUAGAGUUUACUGACAUUGACACAUCAGAAGUACACGAGUCUUCUAUCUCAAAGGCAGGAAGUAAGAAAAUAAAAGCGUCAGCGGAAGCGGAAAACAAAGACAAUGAAGCCGAACAGAAGCGACAGUUUGGGAAAAAAGUUCGUUAUGGGGAGAUAAUUCAGCUUCGCCAUGUUUUCUCAGGGAAGUAUAUUCACUCCAGUACAACACAAACUAGCCAGAAAGAUAGAAAUAAUAUGAGGAUUUCACUACUUGAAUGUAAUGACAAAAAUGCACAGUUUAAGAUACUACCUCGUUACAAAGUGAAAUCAGAAGGAGAAUUCGUACAGUUGUAUGAUCAGGUCAUGCUUGAGAGUAUCAAAUCUCCUGGACAUUUCCUUCAUAGUAGUGAACCUUACCAAAUAGACCAUUUUACAAAUGCAUCUGAACUGAACUUAGGAGUGGAACGUUCAAGUUUUACAUUGGUCGGCAGCUUCCGGGAUUAUCCAGAUCAGUUCCAGUUUUUGAGGGGUGGAUCUGUUAUACGAUUGUUCCAUAAAGAAUUAGAAGCCUAUGUGAUAGCUCAAGGAUUGUUCGGCCAAGAAGUGACAGAAAAUGUUCAUUUCCGUAUUCGUGCCUUUGAUCCUUAUAAUCCGAAGACGAUAUCCCCUACAUCCUCUGGUAUCACGUACUGGCAGAUAGAAGCGGAGUCCAGUAUUCUCAAUGGUGAUGUGAUAAAAUGGGAACAACAAAUCCGACUUCGUCAUAUGACAAACAGGAAAUAUUUAUCCCUCGAUAACAACUUAGAUGUGUGUUUAGUAGACGAUAACGGUGAUCCUAGAACAGUAUUCAGAUUUCACUCUGUAAUCAAGGAACAGGAUGAAAUAAAGUUUGAAAGUUAUACAAGAAUAGAACAUAUGUUGACCGGAUGUUGGUUACAUGCUUUGAAAGAUCAACCAUUUGAUAGAAAGACUUUUAUGGAGAAGUAUGGGGUUCAAAAUAUGGACACAGAAACAACAAAGCUACGACAUAUACUGGCUUCAAAUGAAAGCAUGUAUGCCGAUGCAUACACAUUACAAUGUGUUCCACAAAAUGAUGUGCAGAAUUUCAACUACAUUGCGGGAAUAGUGCCGUUUCUAACCAACUUAAUCAAAGAUUUGAACGAUGUACCAGCUCUGUCAGCUAGAAGAACAUAUGCUAUAGUAACGGCACUAAAGGAUGUAAAAACGUUCUUAGGAGACAAAGGACUACCAGUGAAACGGAAACAAAAACUACUCAGGAAUUUGAAGGUUAUAGAUCUAUUGGUAGACCUAGUAAAAUGUCCAUUGAGAACAGGAGAAGAACAGUUAUAUCGUAUCAGGAUAUAUAAAGAGGCAUAUGAUGUUCUCCAUGCGUACAUGCUGGGGAGAAGUGGAAAGAAUGCUUUAUACAUGGCAAAAUACAUUGACUUCUUUCAGACACAGUUUACACAAAAGGGUGGUAUAGGAAUAAACGUUGCACAGAUGAUUGUUGAACUGAUGAGAGAUAAGAGGAAGCUAGUUGACAGAAUAACCACCGCACACAUAGACAGAUUCAUUCACCUUCUUGGUGAAACUAAGAAUUCAAUAUUUCUGAACCUUCUACAAGUGCUUUGUGUUUGUGAUGGAGUAUCGAUACCAACUAACCAGACAUAUAUUACAGAACAAUGGCUACGACAAGAUAUGGGAUACAAGUUUCAUGCUGCUAGAGGUCAGAAUCUGAACAGAGAACCCAAUGUCAUGUUCCUGUCAUCUGAUGAUAAAGAGUCUUGGGUUCCAAUGCAUCAGUUAGAUCCCUGUGAAGCUGGUGAUAGUCCAUACAGAUUUUUACUGAAUCAGUUAGACUUGUUGAAGUCUCUUUGCUUCGGUCGGAAUGAUUUUGCAGUCCAUACUAUCACAAGAGAAAAACCUAUAUUGCAAUGGGAGGAUGCUUAUCUGUGCUUAACAUCAACACAGUUAAGUGAUCAACUGAGAGCCAAGUAUUGUGAAGUCAUCAUAGCUGCUUUUGUCGAAGUUGGAAGCAACUAUUCAGUACUUGAUCAGCCAGAAUUAUGCUUUGUUUAUGAAUUUGUUGGAACAAAAGACGGAGACAGAGAAUCAACACAGGGUGUUCGGGAUUUAGCAACACUGUUCCCUGUCUUACGAGAUUUUAUAGUGGACUUUAUGGAAAGAAACAGUCAAAUGAUAGCAUCGGAAGUUGGUAUGAACCAACUAACUGAACAGCUUUUGUGUUUACUGAAACACUUGGUCCGCUUUGGAUACUUUGGAGAUCUUACAGAGAUUAACAAAAUCAUCAAACCAUUGAUUGCUGUACUUGACGGGUCAACAGACGUACCAGUUCGUAAAGAUAAACGGAAAGGCUAUUCCAGAGAUUCUCAAAAACUCGUUAAUCAGUAUAAGUCCGGUGGACGAUAUGAUCCUAACGCUCAAACUGAAGCUGUUGUCAACGCAAAAUACCAGGGUCUACAGGUUCUAGAUUUUCUUCUAACAUUCCAAAGAAAUCUCCGCUUAAAGACAAUGGUUGAAAAGUUCAAGAUGAUUGAAUUUGAACAAAAACGCAAGAUAUCAUUGAGAAUGACAGCACUUAUGUAUGAAAAGUAUAAUCCAAGGGACACAAAAAAAAAAGCGUUGAGACAACAGCAGAAAAUAUUAAAUGAAUUACGAGAGAUGUUUCAUGCAUCUGAUAUAUUUGAUAAGGAUCAUUAUACAAAGAUUUUGAUGGAUAUUGCAGAAUAUAAAUAUGAUAAAAUGGUUUCCAAAUCUCUUGACAUUUUGAACAAGGCAUAUUCGUCCCAAAGCGACAUGUUCAAACUGGCAGAGAAGGCACAGUUGCUGAUGACAUCAGAAUCAAUUAAAGUUCACAUUGAUGUACAAAGAGAGUUACCCGUCCUCCAAAGAUUUGUCCGACUAAAAGCCAAUGAUUACCAAGUUAAAGUUAUGGGAGAUAUUCUUGACGAAUUCAUCAGGUUGUGUACUUUACAGAAAGGAUGCGAUGAACCUCAUUUUGUAAAUCAGAAAAUUUUGCUCAGUCAUGGCGUUUUGGAUACUAUAAGGGAGAUAUUGAGACAAGAAAUCGAUCCACAAUUGGAGGAACAUUACCAUAGAAUGAAAUCUAUAUUUUCCAAAUCACUGAAGCUUGUUCAGGUUUUAUCAAAAGACAACAAGGAAGUCCAGGAGAGUCUAUUCUACCAUCUUGAUACUUUACUUGAAGUCAGCAUAGUGCCUUCAGAUUUAGCUUUGGCAAUAAAAGAACUUUUUGUUGCCAAUCAAACAACGUGCCUUAAAAUAUCAGAAAGUCAAAUCAAAAAGCUUGUUUUACUGACAUGUGAACACACAAGUGAUGCACCAGAGUUCGCUGAUUUAUUAUACACGUUAGUAAAGGUUGAAGGACUUGAUUUGAAUAUCAAACGAAACCAAUCAUUAGUGAUGAAAUAUAUUAUGCAGAACUACCAAACAGCCGCCUACAUUCUGGAAAAACCACAAAAUGAAAGGGAGCAGAUACUCACCAAUACACAUUCUGAGAAAGGACACCUUGCCUAUUAUGUGAGAUUUGUAGAUUUGCUUGCUGUCUGUGCUCAGGGAGAAAACAAGUUUAUAGAGUCACUAUGCCAAACUAUGUUACCUAUUGAAGAACUACUAUGGGUUGUGAAUCAUGGUUCAAUAGACAAUAUUAUCAAAACUCCAUUUGUAAAGUUUAUGCACGAAGUUUACUUACAAUUUGUUGGAGACAUUAUAGAAAGUGGAGCAGCUGAUUUGCAACACAAUAAAGACAUGUGGGAAUUCCUGGACGAACUGACACGAUCAAUGGGGAGAGCUGUAGCUGGACUAGAUAUCCAUAAAAACUCAAUAGGCGCAUUCCUAAAGACUAAACCGGAUAGAAGCUUAAUGUUGAAUGAAACAUCAGCUGUGAAUACUUUAAAAAACAGUGUGUACUUCUCAUUGGAAGCCGUUUUACCCUUUCUGAAGACAUAUUUCACACGAGUUUACACUCCAGAGAAAGAAAUUUAUCCUGACGAAAUAGAAACUGCUAAUGGAAUCGCCCUCGCCGUAGCAGGAUUAUGCGAAGCUGUAGGACCAUUUUUAUCGGACCCAAUUCAUAUGAAGACUGCAGUAACAACAUUGACGGUUCUUAUUCCACUGUCAACAGAACCUAAAUCUUUGUUUGAUAAAAUUCUAGACAAAGUUGCUGUAAAUCUUAACGUAACGGAUACCAGAAGUGAUAUUAAAAAGGGGAAUAUGGUUUACUAUACAACUGAGCUUCAGUUGAACGCCAAAUUCUAUACAUUUGCCAAAAAUUGUAAUAUAAUCAACAAAGGACAGAAUACAGUAAAGCAGCAAACAGGCUACAAGUCUAAAAGAGAAUAUACUGAACUUGGAUUAAGCAACGAAAUGCCACUCGGAGAAGAAUUUCAGAGUUUAGUGAAAUGUUUUAUCAACAGCAGAGAAAAGAAACCCGCUAAAAAGUAUGCAAUGGUUGGAAAGCUUCUUCAGCAGUUAGAAAUAUCAGCGGACCUCUUCAAAAACUCGGCUGGUUCAGCUGCAGAAUUUGAUGAUUUGGAUAUAAAAUGUUUACAAAUUUUGCGUGCCUGCAUUCAUAACGAAGAGAGAAAGUUACCAGAAGAUAUGGAUUCUAGGGCUGGAGAAUCUUCUGUUAAAAGGCAACUUGAACAUGUCAAAGAUGUACAGAACGCUGUCAAUAAUCAUGACUUUGUGAGGAAAGUAUUACCACAUAUAGCACGCAGAAAUGACGCACUUGUAAGAGAGGUCCUUGCUAUGAUAUCAGGAAUGUUAUUUAAUGCAAACAGACAUGUACAGAAAUGCAUGCUGGAAUAUUUCCUUUCCACAAGAGAAGAGUUGUUUUUCAUGGCUCUUAGAGAACGUAUGGUGAUCGCUUCAAACUCCAUUAAAGAAAAACGAUCACUUCUUGCUCAACAUCAAGCUAAAGUCUCUCAGGCAAAGCAUUCGGAUGAUCAGGAAUGUACUUCACCAGUUGCAAUGAACAUUUUACAGACAAUUCAGACAUAUGAUAUACAGCUAAAGACAGAAAGGCUUCAUGGAUGGACCUUAGUGGGGCACGCUUCACCACCUCCAACAAGGAAGAAAAAAGGGUUGUUUGGAGGAAAGGAUAAGCUAUUGAAUGGGGAUUUGUAUCAAAAUGGUAAAACGGAUUUGGCUGUGUUUACCCUGCCAUUAGAGGAAGCUGACGAAGGUGAAGAAGAAAAAAGCACUCUAUCUGAUAUGAUGCAGUACAACGAUGAUGGUUAUAUAGAACUUGUUCUUGAACUGUUAGCAAGGAUAUGCGAUGGACAAAAUGCUGACUUACAGAAUUAUCUCAGAGAGCAACCAGACAAUGUAAAGUCAUUCAACAUUGUAGCUGAGACAACGCAGUUUUUAAAUGUAGUUUAUUCCGCCAUUACUAAGAGAACCAUUGGGCUGGCUGUUGGAGUUUUCUCAAGUUUAAAUGAAUUUUGUGCGGGAAACCAGGAAAACAGGGUUGUUCUGUACGGAAAUAAAAUUGUGGAUUACAUAAAUUUCAUCCUUCGUUCUGGUGACGUUGGCGAUUGUCCCGCUGAAAAGAUACUCGAGUUGCGACAGAUAAUAGGAGCAGUUGUGUUGUCAAUGAUUGAAGAAAAUGGUCCAGAGAAGACUGAAGUAGCAACGGAAGUUAAAGAUACCAUUGAUAAACAAGCCUUACUACAGUGCAUGACAAACUGUUAUAAGAUGAGUCAGUCAGACCAGAUCAAUUUAGAAGAUAUUGUAAAGACAGAAAACGUGGAAGCGGAUAGUGUACUUGGUUCAGUAAAAAAUCUUGCAUCUGUUGGUGGAGGCCUUUUGAGCCGGAUAAUGGGAAACACAAAUAAUCAAGAGCGAGAAAGUGUUACAGAAACCGGAUAUCUGUUUUACCUUAUAUGGGCAAGAAUGUUGGAUAUAGAUCCAAAUCUGCACAAAAAAGUAAAAAUGAGUCCUACGCACCAGAAAGCAAUUGAUUUUUAUAAGAAGAGCUGUUUCUCCAUUGAAAUCGUCAAGGAAGAUGUUUUACAAAAGGUCAACUUUAGAGUGGAAAACAAAAGUCUGCUUCGAGAUGAAGUAAAAGAAAAUCUUAAAUGGAAUAUUGACAGAACUUCUCCUAGCAACAAAAUUCGGGAUUUGAUGGGAUGGACAUCUGACAUAUUAAAAGAUAUAAGUUAUCAACGAAAAAUAUUACAGAAACCAAUUUCAAAGAUGUUUACAAAAUUGUGGUUAAUAUGGAACUUUGGUGCCUUUUUCCUGAGUGUUGCAAUCAACAUGCUUAUGCUGUAUUCAUGGAAUGCAAAAGCUUCAUUAGAAGAUUACCAAAAGAUUAGUGGUAAUCAGACAAUAGACUGGGAUAGAAUAGCAGAUCCAGAUCCAAUAAUAAAAGGGUUGGAUAGGCAGCUGUAUGAUGUGAUAAUGUAUGCUUUUAUGGGAACUCAUAAUUUCUUUUCUUUGAUGGUGCUAAUUAGUUAUGUGCUGCUCAAUCAUCCAAGAUUUCCCUCGCUAGCAGACAUCUCAGCGCCAUUUAAGUGCUUCUCUCGUAAAGAGGAAAACACUGAGGAAGGAACACAUAGAGAUUCAGGUGGAUCUCGCUUGGACGCAAAAGUGCUGAGUUUUACAACAUUUUAUUUUCUUUUGUUCCUGACAUUAUCAGUGUUAGGAACAGUGUACCAUGGAUAUUUUUUUGCAUUCCAUUUAUUGAACAUUGUGGUCAACAACCAACUUCUGAGUGGCGUCAUCAAAUCUGUUACCCAAAAUGGAUGGUCCUUGCUGUGGGUAGCUAUCCUUGGACUAAUUGUGAUAUACAUAUAUGCACUGAUUGGAUUUUCCCUAUUGAGAUCUUUUUUUGAUCCAACAAAUUAUUUAUAUUGUCAUACGCUAUGGCAAUGUACUAUUACAGUUGUGAGAUAUGGUCUCAUAGGUGACAUGUUCGAUACUGUAUCACAGUCGGAUGACCGUCAUGGAGAAUUUGCUCACUUUUGGCCACUCGUUCUGUAUCACGUGUCUUUCUUCAUAUUUAUCACAACAAUUGGUCUAAAUAUAAUAUUUGGUAUAAUUGUGGAUACCUUUUCUGAACUUCGGGAUUUGAAGUGGCGUGCUGAGUCAGAUAUGAGGGAGUGUUGUUUCAUAUGCAGUAGAAACAGUUAUGAUUUUGAACAUACUGGAAAGGGAUUCCAGUACCAUGUAGGACACGAACAUAGUAUGUGGGCAUACAUUUUAUUCUUUAUACAUCUAGACAAUGUUAAACCAUCGGACUAUACUGCGCUUGAACUUUUUGUGGCUGCACUGUGGAAAAAGGAAAAUUUCGAUUUCUUUCCAAUGAACAGAGCUUUGUGUUUAGCUAGUGCUGAUGAUGAUGCAAAUGAUGCUAAACUUGAAGAAGUGCUAUCUAAAGUGGCUAUGAUUCAUAGAAAGCAAAUGGAAGAGGAUAUUGAAAAGAAACGUCGUAAAGAAAAGCUCCGACAGAAACGUUGGCAUGAGAGACACAGGGCAUAUGUUUUUGAUCCAUCACAAGCUGAAGGUCAAGGAACUCCUCCUUUGUCUAAACGGAAACCAUCAGGAAAAACUGACCAUGAAACAUUCACAUUAAAGUCUGAAGAUGAGUCUAGUAUUUUAAGAACAGAAGACGAUGAUAGACAUUCGGGUUUUUCGGAUGUUGAUUCGAUAGGAAGCUACGACGAGACACCAAGACGAGCGACGCGAGCAAAGUCAGCGACACCUGAAGAAUCUACUAAACUUUAACAUCCAUAUUACGCAAAUAAAAAUAAAAACGUCUUCAAAAGAGGACGUCGUAAAGAAAGACUAUAGAAUUAUCUCCUGAAACAUUAAAGAUCAUAUUUCAAAGGGACACACUUUCUAUGUGUAUAUUAUAAAAUUAACAUUUGGCUUAAAAGAUUAAAUGCAGUUGAAUGUAAAAACAUAUAAUUUUUUUGCAACUUGUAUUCUUUCCAUGGUACACUGCAACACAUUAAGUACCAGAUAAGGAAAACUUUUACCAUUGUAUAAGAGUUAAUGUUCCAGACAACUAGUACAACUUACUACCACAGAUUGUCAAACAUGGCAGCAACAGCAGAGUACUUUAUUCGAGUAAAAUUAUUGUCGCUAAACAUAUUCUUUUUCAUUUAAAUAUUCAUUGAUAACAGCCGCUGUUCUACUGCAGAAAAACUUUGAUCAAAGAACGAUUAGGCAAGCACCUACUGAUAUUUUAUUAACAGUAGAGAUGAUAUCAAUGAUAUGUUCAAGGUUUUCUUGAGUCGAGAAAACAGCAAUGCUUAAUAUAGCUUCGCUACGAAGGUAGAAGUUUAAAGAGUGGCCAUUCAAUUGUUACAUCGUCUAUUACUUGUAAAAACGAUUGAACCAUUAUGGUUUUAUGUUUGUAUGAUUGUGGUAAAAAUAUGUUUUCUGUACAAAACUAUGUUUUAACUUUACACAGUCAAAAAAGCACGUUUGUCAAAAAGUGUUUCAGUGUUUGGCUUUAGUAUUAUCAUUGCACACAUUUUGUAUAGAAAUUCGGAUUUAUAUGUUACGAUAAAACUGCAAAUAUUUUCUUUUUAUUUAGGUUGCCUGCAACAGAUUUUCAUCUGGUACUGUCUGUUGUCCGGUUAUGUUUAAUGAAAACAUCAACUGGUUUUUUUAUAUGCUUUUACUCUUUUUAUAUCUAUAUUUAUUGACUUUGUUUUAAUCCAUAACAAUUUGUUUAUUAUUCAUUUGUAGUUCAUAAAAUUUUAAUUCUGCAUUGGAUUACACCUCCUACAAAUGUAAGCUUAUCAUUUGUGGCUAUUCCAUUGUCAUGUAGUUGAUAUUUUACAAUGACAUAUGUUUAAAGUGAAGACAGGAACUCAGUGAAGUGUACUGUACGUUGCUGUUUCUAUUGGCAACUGCCUACGUGUAUAUGUCAGUGCUUUUGUUGUUAAGAAAGUUGAUAUACAUUAGCAGAAUAAUUCAGCUGUAAGUAGAUGAGCAGUGGUCCUAAAUUUUUCUCGUAUACUUUUAUAUUUUAUAAUUUGAGACAAAUUGAUUUUAUAGCAUUCAUAUAAUUAUGUGAUAUAAUAUAAACGCAUAUAUUGUUCAAACAAUUUUUAUUUGUAAUAUGUAUUGGAACAAAUCAAUGCAUCUAUACAUAGCUGUGUAUAUACAUGUAUC